GACAACUCUCUUUCACUUUCAUUCAGCAAAGCUUCUCUAAAUUCUACAAUGACGCACCUACUUCGAACGCUGAAAACAACUUAGAACGCAAUAAGAAAAAUACGCGCUGGAAACAUGGCAUCUAUUAAUCGGUGUUUGAUAAAUCAAUAGGUCUGAUCAUUGUUAUUAUGUCAAACUAAUAACGUUCUACGUCAACAUUUAAUUAACCAUUUUUAACUUUAUUUGAUUUACCUCCAAACAAAAGUGAAAGUAACUUCACUGAAUAAUAGCCUAACAUUUUAACUGUCUCUAAAUUGUAUUUGGUUUCGAGCGUGGUCAUUCAUUAAAUUUUGAAAUUAGGUGUCUAUUCUGUAUAUUUAUGAAAGGUCAGUAAUUACUGUUGAAUAAAAAACUACUGGAAAGAUGCUUGAAAUCCUGCUUUUUGGAUAUUUGAUUACAUGCGUUUCUGGUCAGGGAGGAUCAGACGUGGUCCUGUCCUGUUCUCUGGUGGAGGAGGGUAGUGGGAUGGGGGGAAUGGGAGGUGGGGCUCUCUUCAGCCGCACCCCAGCAACGCUUGUCCUCAGAGACCUGGCCGUGACCCCUGAUCUUUCACCGGAUACUCUGACCCCCUUCAACCCUCCUGCUGUCCCCGAUCCUGACAACAUCAUCUUGGAGGCUAAAGUUGAGUCUCCUGAGAUCCCAGAGGCAGACCUGCUGCUCCACGCUGACUGUAACGAGCAGGAAGUGACAUGUGAGAUCAGCCGCUACUUCCCUCGUAAUGCCAAGGAGGGCUCCACAGAACCAGCCUAUUUCAUUGGCUCCUUGCAGAUAGAGGGGGGUGGGCUUAGCCUCACAUUGGUCCUGCAGACACUGCCACUGGACCAAUCAGAUCGACCAGCUCUCAUGCAGAGCAAACUGGAACUCCCCCUCAGCCAAUCAGGAACUUUGCUGACUGAGGUGGUGUUCCUGGUGUUCUCUCGCUCAGAGUCCCACUCCGCUCCUCUAGGGGGCAUGGCCCUCCUGGACUGUGGCUUCAGGCAGCAGGCCCCAUCCCCAGGGCGGGAGCUGGGGCUUGAGUGGCGGCUGCAGCACAGAGGAAGUGGGAGGAAAGUGCUGGAGAUUAGGGCGGGGCAGACGGAGACAGAAGAGGGGCCAGCAGUACACGUGGAGAGGGAGGGUGCGAGCGUGGAUGCCGCCCUGCUGGUGGGGCAGGGUAAUGCGUCUCUGACUCUGGCCAGACUGAAGGUAUCUGACGAGGGGACCUACAUCUGCACUGUCAGCACUGGACUGUACCAGGCCCAGCAGGUCAUACAGCUACACGUCACACAACCUCCUCAUGUUUCUCUCUCGGAGGAGAAGCUGGUAUUUCGGGAUGAGUUGCCCCAGAAACUGAGCUGCCACUGCAAGAACUACUACCCUCUGGAUGUCCAGAUGGAGUGGUUCUCCUCCGUCUCCUCUACAGACUCAGAGCCUAGCGUCCUAUCAGACCAGGUGUCUCUCUCCAGCCAUCGGCAGCACAGCGACAGGACCAUGUCCAUCUCCUCCCACCUCACCCUUCACCCCUCCACCUUCCCCCCUGGAACCACGGUCACCUGCAGAGUGACCCACCCGGCCCUGGACACACCCCUCGCCCUCAGCCUGACAGUAGAGACACCUGAGCCAGAUUCCUACUGGAUGGUCCUGGGUUUUCUGGUUAUCACCGUUCUGUUCUUCUACCAAGUGAUGAAAUAGAGUUCCAACCUAAUUCACAGACCUGGAUUCUUUCAGGGUUGCAGAGGCACAGCACCUGAAGCUGUUGAAAACCAAUAUCUUAAGAGUUGCUGUAAUGUGAAUUACUGUUGCACUAUAAACAGUUGUACAUUUUCUUCAAAUAAAUGUUUUCUUUGAUAGUA